AUGGCUAGGUCGGUAAGACACACACGCAGAGUCGUCCCUUCGCAGCCUGUCAAUUGGCAGGGUCCCAAAGGGGGUAAGCACAAAAAGCAGUACAGUUUGCCCACAAGAUUUACGGGACCUCUUGGCACCAAUGGAGUCCUUACCCACCUGAUAAAAGGUAUACCGAACUUAGGACUGUUUGACGGCUCCCAAGACAGGGUGAAAACGAUGCACUAA